GCGAACUCAGUUCGUGGCGAGAAUCUGGCGAGUGUGGAUGCGUUCCGAGCAGAUGAAACCGCGUCGAAACAAAAAUUCAAUUCUGCCCCAAUGCAACCAGCAACACCACUAAGCAAGAAAGAAACACCGACUCAAAGUGCAAUAUUAUUUGUCACAGAAAAGAUAAAAGAUACAAGUGUAGCAGUGACAAAACCGCUGUCCCUUUAAAGUUCAGUUCGAAAAUCUCUGUACUCCGCAGGAUAUAUCUUCAAAACCCAAACUUUGGAAAAAAAAUCCAAUACAGAUAUCUCUGUGUAUAUGUAUAAUGUAUGUGCGUGUGCGUGUGAGUGUGCCUGUGGUGGUGGUGCUGCAAUAAUUGUGAGCGCCAAAAAGCCGAAGAGACGGAGCCGCGCAGCCAAAUAAAUCUCUCGUCUCUCCAAAUCGCGCUUCUCGUUUUCGCGUCGCUUUCUCCAGCUCGAAAGUCGCGUAGUAAAAAGUGUCGGCAAUUUCUGCGCCUCGCUGCACCACCCACCCACCAAUCUCAACCACUUGGCCACUUUGUUUUUGGUCAAGUCCCUCGCCUCGCCUCGCACUCGGCACUCGAAAUUCGAAAUUGCGAAUUUGGCGCGCACGGGAGCAUCAAGUUAGAAACACAUAUAAGCAAGCCACUCAUCCAACUACCAGCUCAAUUAACAUUUGUCACCGAAACUAAAAAACCGUGCACAAAAGGUUUGCAACAAUGUUGAAUAUACACGGAAAAAGCAAUAAAGACUUUUGGCAACAAAAAUUAUUCUGCUUAGAAGCGUUCACUACAAGUAUAUGAAAAACAAACAUAAACUAAAACGAAAACUAACUAACCAAUGCAAUUAAAACAAAAGUUAUAAACUAUUGUGAUGAUGCAGAGAACAUUUUUCGUGAAGUGUCAAUAGGUGAAGAAAAUAAUUAAAACGGAAAUUCUAUUUAUUUUGUAAACUGUUCUGUGGUGUUUAUUCCAUGUGCACAACACGAGAACAAUAAAAAAUCGACAUUUUGGAAACCGAAAACCAAUCGAUAGUGUGGGGGCAAGCCGCAAACAAGGGAUUUAAUCGUGAGCUAUCCAAAACAAAUUGAUCCACAUAAAUACGCACACGGACAGCGAAACAAGCAAAAAUGGAGAGCAAACACUGGAGCUGCUUUGUGGCCAUUGUGCUGGGCGUGCUAAUAUUCAAAAUGCACAUAUUUGUUGCAUUCGCCGAUCAGGAUGAGGAUAUACCACACAACGAGGUUCGCAAUUGGGCCUUGAAGUUCGGCGUUGACUUGUGGGAGUUUGGACGGCAAUUUACCAAAAUGAACGAGAUCAAAAAUCGCUUCAAGGACAACGACAUCGAAGUGAAACGCAAGGAUGGCAUUAUCCUGCUGCGUGAAUUGGCCGCCGAGGUGAAGAACUUUAUGGAUUUCAAGCGCAACUCUGUCAUGCGUUUGAUGGACUCCGCGGAGCAGGCGGCCCUGUCAGAGCUGGAGGGGCAGGGUCAGGGGGAGUCGCCGAUGGGUGGACAGCAGCACUACGAUGCCCGGCGAAUCAACGAGUAUAAUGCCGAUGGAAAGCUGGCGGACGGAGCCCGCCACAUGGACAUCCGGUUCAUGCGGCGUUUCGAGCGCCUGCCGGUCAAUCUCAGUCUAAGCUCGAUUCUGGUGCCGCACGGCGUCGACUUGGAUGAGGCGGACGUAAAGUCGGCGCUGCAGUGGAGCGCCCACUUGGACCCGCUGUUCCAGAACAACUUAGAGCAAGAUCCGGCCUUGUCCUGGCAAUACUUUGGCUCCUCCACAGGCUUCCUGCGCCGCUUCCCGGGCACCGCCUGGCCCCCGGAGGGCUCCAAGGGCAGCAAGCUCAUCCACGACUUCCGUGCCCACAAUUGGUUCGUCCAGGCCGCCUCAUCGCCCAAGGAUAUUAUGAUUCUUCUGGAUGCAUCGUCGAGCAUGACGGAAAAGUCUUUUGACCUGGGCAUGGCCACCGCCUUCAACAUAAUGGACACCUUGGGUGAAGAUGACUUCGUGAACCUCAUCACCUUUUCGGAGGUGGUGAAAACACCAGUGCCGUGCUUCAAGGACCGCAUGGUUCGAGCCACGCCCGACAAUAUCCAGGAGAUAAAGUCCGCUGUGAAGGCGAUAAAGCUGCAGGAUACGGCUAAUUUUACGGCAGGUCUGGAGUAUGCCUUUAGUUUGCUGCACAAGUACAAUCAAUCAGGGGCUGGGAGUCAGUGCAACCAGGCCAUCAUGCUGAUCACGGAGAGCACCUCGGAGUCGCACAAGGAUGUGAUCAAGCAGUACAACUGGCCACACAUGCCCGUCCGGAUUUUCACCUACCUGAUUGGCAGCGAUUCCGGCAGCCGGAGCAAUCUGCACGACAUGGCCUGCUCGAACAAGGGAUUCUUCGUCCAGAUCAACGACUACGAUGAGGCCCGCCGCAAGGUGAUCGACUAUGCCCUGGUGAUGGCCCGUCCCAUGAUCAUGUACCAGGCGGAUCAUCCGGUGCACUGGAGCCCGGUAUUUGUGGCCGGGAAGUCGGGUGGACUGGGACGCGACUCGGAGUACCAGCGACGCUUGGUGACGACAGUUUCAACUCCGGUCUUCGAUAGACGAAACCAUUCGGUGCGCGUUGCCAAUCUGCUGGGCGUGGUGGGCACCGAUGUGCCCAUCGAGGAGAUCCGCAAGGUGAUCCCCCAACACAAGCUGGGACCGAAUGGCUAUUCGUUUAUCGUGGAUAACAACGGACGGGUGCUCUACCAUCCGGAUCUGCGGCCCCUGGGUGAUGGCAACCAGUAUAUCGACCAGCUGAAGCCAAAGUACGCAUCGGUCGACAUCACGGAGUUGGAACUGCCGGAAACGGAGAUUGGCAAUAACAACGAACUCAUUGAAAUAAACAAGAAUCUUCUGAACGAGAUGCGAGGUGACAUGAUAAAACCGAAAGAGGGGGAAACGGAGUUUACAGUGAUGAACCACUACGAUGACUCCAAAAGGGUAUCCACCAGGACGCAUCGCUACUUCUACGGCCCCAUCGAGGAUACACCAUUCACGCUGGCUAUUGUGCUCCCGGAGAAAUACGGUAGCCAUGAGUUUGUCUCCCAGCAGGAGAUUCGGCAUUCGCGUAACAAUGUUACCGAGUACUUUAAGGGGGACAACUGGCGCGUACAUCCCGACUGGGUGUAUUGCGAGUACAAUAGCGUCAGUGAUCUGGAGAAGGAACGGGAGAGCUCCGGCGAGUACUCCUCGCGCGAUCAGGAGCCCAGCUUCGGGUCGCCGGAGGAGCAGGUAUUGCACUUUCUGUCUCGCGCCGGACGCCCUGGUUGGAAGUGGAUGUCGGUUCGACCCAAGUCGCCGCAACCACAUCACAACAUGCACAGUGGCUCCAACGGCAAUGCGCCCGGAUCGAGCCACUUUGGAUCGCAGCACUCAAACUCUCAGGGAUCUCGCAAGGCUGAGCCGUACUUCUGCGAUCGAACCCUCAUCCAGAGCUUGGUGCGCGAUGCCAUGGUAACCGAUGGACUGGACAGGAAUACGACUGGAUCCUCCAGCGGCAAAGAGGAUAAGCAUCCAAUCGCCACAUUGAUGGCAAUUCUUAAGAGGCAAGGCUAUCAAAAGUUUGUGGUUGCCACUUCGUUUGUGGCCACGAGAUCGGGACUUCUCCGGUGGAUUGAUCAUGUCAAGCGACCCGACGAUACACCAGAACCACACUUUAGCGAAGACAAUGUUAGAGCCAUGGAUACUUCCUGGUACAAACGAGCCAUAGAUCAGCACUCCGUGGAACCGGACAGUUUUGUGUAUAGUGUACCCUUUGGUUCGGGCUAUGCCAUCAAAUCGAAUGCCACCCUGGUGACCGCCUCUCAUGCCAUAUUUGUAGAGCAUCGGGGUCACAAGGCACCAGCGGGGGUUGUGGGUCUCCAGUUCCAGCACGAUUCCCUAGCGAAACAUUUUAUUAACAUCACCUCAGCCUGCACUGGAAUGACAGGCUGCAAGCGAACCUGCGCAUCGGACAAUCUCGACUGCUACGUUUUGGACAACAGCGGAUUUGUGAUAAUUUCCGAAGAGAUGGAGCACACAGGCAAGUUUUUCGGUCAGAUCGAUGGCACCAUUAUGGACUCCUUGGUCCAGGAUCGGAUCUACAAAAGGGUAACGGUCAACGACUACCAGGGUGUCUGCUCAGAUGCCGACAAUCCCUAUACAGCUGCAGGUGGCAUCUUGCAGCCAAAUCGCUUGGGCUCGUGGUUCUUCAACCAUCUUUUGGCCCUGAGUGCCACCUGGCUAUCCUUUAUGCCGGCUUCUUUGCGGGCCUGGCCACAGGAGGAGUAUACUUACGACAAUGAGGAUGUGGUUUUUGUGGACAACAAUUACUCGGAAGAAUACGAGUUCGGAAAUGAAUACAACAUGCAAGUGGAUCAGGAAAUGGAUGAGUUCUUCACCACUGCUGAUGUGGAAUAUACAACACCACCGCCCAGGCAGCAUAAGCCCCACGUGGGACCUCGAUUUUCACCGGAUCCACAGAAUGCCAGACGAUGCGAUCUGCGCACUGAUCUUUAUAUGCUUCAGCCGGAGCGACUUAAUCAGGGUGGCCAGAAUAAUCCCCUCAAGGGUAAACUAACCAACUGUCAUGCAUCUGGAUGCGAGCGUCCUUUCAGCGUCCAGAAGAUCCCGCACAGCAAUCUGAUCCUGUUAGUGGUGGACACCCUGUGUCCGUGUGGCUCCAAGCAACUGGACAUCGAGCCUUUGGAGGAGGCGGGCGUAAUUGGAGCCUGCAGUACGAGACGCCAGGGACAGGAGCAGGAGUCGCGUCGCCGACCCAAGAAAUGCAUCAACUAUCAUCCAGAGGAGAUUGAGAUACAGCAAUGUGGGCGUGGCAGCACCCUGCUGCACAUGUCCGGCUCGGUGAUCGUGGCCCAUCUCUUGAUGGUGACCGUGACCUUUGUGCUGGCCAAUGCGUGAUAUGAGCACUAAAUGAGUUUUGAGAAUUAGGUUUGCACUAUUUUUGUGUCGAAAACAAUAAGCAAAAGAGGACCCAGAGGGCUCUAAAAUUUUCUUUUGAAGGGAAGAAGAAAUACGCAGUUUGAGUUUGUUGAUUUAAGCCGAUUUGGGAGCUGCUAGUUAACCUCAUGCCGCUACAUGAAGUAAAAAGAAAAAUUUAAAUAUUUGUUAGAAGAUUCGCAAAACGUUAUACAGAUAAUACUAACGAGUUUAUAUGCCUAUGUUUGUAGACAAUAAUUUGCAGGAAAAUAUUUUAAUUGACAAUUAGUAAAAACUUUAGCUAAACAUGAAUUAUGUAUGUAUGUGUGCAAAAAGAAUAGCAUUUAAAAGUAAAUUAUUUGCCAGGUAUAAAUACUUUAUAGAGCGAGCUUUGUUUACCAUUUAUUGAAACUAUUGAUUUCCUCCUUAACAUAAAAUAAGGCACGCAAAAGUAAGAAGUCAGUGCAAAAAUUAUGAACUGAAUGUAAUAUUGAAGGGAAAACAGUUAUCAUUCGAAUUAUGUAAAUAGUAUCAGAAAAUAUUUAAAAUGAGCAAAAUUCCUACCGAUAAAUAAUUCGUUUUUUCCUGUUUUCUAUCGUACAACUUUAACACUAAAUAAACGGAGUUACUUUUGCACUCAACUGCGUACGCACAAAUAUCAAAAGUAUUAUAUAUUUUACAACCAAACAAAAUCGAAUUCACUGAACAAAUGGAAGACUUGAAAUACCCGACAGCAAUGUAAAAACAACAAAAGCACACAAAAAAAAACAGAACAAUGAUAUAGAAAGUUCAUAUCUUAUAUGUACAUGGUUGACAUCCAAUUUUGAACAGAAACAAGAAAAACGAAUACAAAGGAAAAACAAGUUAAUUAUUAAAUAUAUAUUUGAUUAGUUUUGCAGAAAAUGAAUAAAAAAAUAAAGUGGAAAAAGAAUAAUAAUUUAUUUUAUAUACAUUUUUAUACAAACCUCAUUCAUAUAACAAGAAGCGGAAGGCGAUACCAAAACGAUCAACUAGGGUAAUCGUUUCAUUAAUUUUUAGACUAUAACCGAAUGUUCUUUGUGUUUAUUAAUUAUUAUUAGUCCUACAUAGAAAUUUACAUAUCUAUUGGAUUUCUUUUCUAAACUAACAAACAAAACUAUUUCAAAUAUAAAAAAAAUACCCAAAACACUUACAUAUUAACACAUACACUCAAUCUCACUCACUCUAAACACACAAAAAAACACUUACAUAUACAAAAUAUAAAGAAAGAAUAUUUUCUGUGUCUUAAACUUGUAUAAAAAAUGUCUUCCAUUAAAAAUACUUAACGAAAAGGAAAUCCAAGCAAAGUAAAACAAUUUAUAAAUCAAUAACUACUAAUUAACUUAAACUAAAAAAUACGAUUAUUUAAGGAAAUAUAUAUUAAAACAUUUAACUCGAAAAGUCAUUAACCAAGCAUACACAAUUUCAAAACUUUCCCUCUUCGUCGCCUGUUCAGCUUUAAGCUGAAAGUCGUCAGAGGAAAUCAAAAAAAAAAUAUAUAAAAAAUUCGUACACCCAUUAGAAGGUUAGAUAAUGUAGUUAGUUAGGGCUGGGUAAUGAACAGCACCGGCAGGACGAAGAGCAUGCAAAGGGAGGAUCCAUACAAGCAUUAGAAGAAAUAUUAGCAGAAUAUUUAAAAAAUAGUAAAUAUAUGUAAUAAACCUAAUUUAACACACAACUUUAAACGAGUAAUCAAUUGUAAGUCGUACAUUAUAAGAGCUGUUUGUUAAACGAUGACAAUGUCGAUGGAUUGGACGAUGUUGCAGUGCGAAAGUCGGACAUCCGUGCGUAUGCGUAAUCUGAGCUGGAGUGUGUGCAUGACUGGUUGGGUGUUUGUGUGUGUGCAUGGCUGGGGACCUUGACUGACUUUAAGUGGCGUGGGUGGGAAUGUGUGAGAUAAGACAAUGGAAAUACCUGGUAGGCCACCGAAGGCAGAACACAAUAUACACACCGUACUGUUAAGAUCGCUAUCCAACAUUUCCCCUCUAUAUCCCUCACUCUGUCGGCAUCUUCGGCUACAUUCUCACUCACUCCUGUUCUCCACAAAUCCACUGUAAAAUGGCAUUCAAUUCCUUCGCAUGACUUCAACUCGAAAAUAUUAAACAUAUUUAUGUAUUCAACUUUUUUGCAAAACAACAACUCCAUAUCAAUAUAAAAAAAAAUUGAAACAAAAAUAAAACUUUACUGAAGUAUAUAAUAAUAUAAUAAUGUUCUGCAAGAUUUUCUAUGUUUGUUUAUUUUUAUAAGGAAAUCAAAUGUUUGUAUGUGUAGUCCAUAAUUUUCUAAAGGCAUAUGAAUAUAUUGACAAAAAAACGAAUGUAAUGUUUAUUGGUCUUAAUGGAAUGGAAAACAAAAUGAAAAACCAAUUAAAUCUACCAUUAUUAACUUACGAAUUAAAUCAAAUUUUUGACAAUGCGAUUUUUGCUUUUUGGAAAUCGUGCUUUUUGCUAAAACAAAACCACAAAAAAAAGGAAAACAAAAUGAACUAUUAUUAAAUAUGAACACACUUUUGCUCUCUAUAAACCCUAUAUACAAGCAUCUUUCUAUAUGGAACAUUUAUAUAAAGCCAUCCGAAACAAAACCAAAAAAAUAAGUAUAUAGAACAUGUAAUAAAACGAUCCCUUCAAGAACUCAUCUCUCUCUUCACACAUUUAUUCAGCGAAUAGAAGAAAUCCCCAAAAGUUUAUAUUGCCUAAUUUGCCGCUCUUUGUUUGGUUUUCUUAGUUUUUAAUUGCCAAAUCCAGAACUUAAACUGAGACCGAAUUACCAUAAUAGAAAAAGUGAAAAGUAAGCAUACAUUCAUGUAAAAUUAAAACAGUUACCGACUAAAUCGAUAUUUGGAACUGACGUCAUUCUAUCAAGUUAAACUCAAGUUAAAUAAAUUUUGUUAUUGCUGUCGAACACAAUUAAACAAAAACUAAAGUAAAACAACUUUUAAAUUGUGAGAGAAAUUGUUGUUUCAUUGAAUUUGUCAUUAUAAAAUUUGAAAUUAUAAAUGUUUAACACAAAACCAAAACAGUAUGGAAUACAUAUAAAAUACGUACACAUAUGUAAGUCAUAUACCUUCUGUAUAUUCCACAGACCCGCAAAAUGGAUAAAAAUUAUCGAAAUUGUUCGAGCAAGCUUCAAAUUUGGAUAAAAGAAAAAAUUUCUUUCGUUCUACAAGAAAACACACACUUACAUACGCUCACCUACUAACACACACCUACACCUAUAGACAAAGCUUAUGUUAUUUUGUAUGGAAAGUCUACAAAGAAUUUCGAGAAAUAGUUUAAAAGAAAUGAAAACUAUUAAAAAUUAGUCAAAGUAAAAAAGACAUUUGCGAAAAGCCUAACUGUUAAGAGAAAAAAAGUAAACCGCAUACUUACAUAAAUUAAUUAUAAAUUAAUAUAAACUUGCUCAUUAUUCUAAUUACAAACUGGAAAUUAUAAGUAAAUGGUAUACAUAAAUAAUAUAAUUAAAACCAAGUUAAGAUUCAACAUUAAACAGGAAGAUGAACAACUAAAAAUAUUAUAAAUACAUAAUAUGAACGAAGGAACAGAAAAAAGCAUAAGAAAACAAAGAAUGAAG